UUUCUCUAUUUAUCAAAAUCAUAUGCAUACAAGAUUUUAUCAAUUACAAUUUCACUGAAAGGAAAUAAAUAAAAAUAAAAAAACGUGUACGUACCUGAUACCAACUAUGAGCCUAUCAUACCUGACUUUCACGAUCAACGAAGUCUAAGUAGUAAUGCAGAUUUCGAUGAAAAAGAGCAAUUCGUCAACCUCUGUAGACCAAUAGAAUCUCUGACAAGAUAACUACGUGGAUGUGUUAGAGGGUUGACGGCGCCCGCGCGUACAGAACAUCGUCGUUUUCUGUUAGUCCUUCCCCUCUUCAACGGACGUCUUCAACAGUCGCGUGACAUGCUGACAUAAAACGGUUCGUCACUACGUAGCUGUCGUCCCGGUCAGAAUAACUAGACGAGUGUCAGUAUCGAUUCACCUGGCUGUUGGUUAUGCCAUAUUAGACGAAGCAUUUCCGGCCACGGAAGAUGUAUGAGAGGAUUUGUUAAUCAAAAUGCGUAAAUAAAAUGUAGUGUAUAUCGUUGAAGGAUGCACAACUUUCGGCAAUUUUUACUUGGCAUAUUUAUACUCACGACAUCUCACAGCACCUGCGGACAAAAUGUUACAACAACUGAUGAACAAAGUUCUGUGAAGUCAAUGAUACCUGCAGAAAUGAAAAUAACAUCAUGGAAUGACAUGCCAUUUUCCGGAUUAGUGCAAGAGAAUGGAACAUGGGUGGGAAAAGGUUAUGCGUUUUACUUGCUUGAACUGCUUAGUUCUAAAUUAAAUUUCACAUAUACUAUAAUACCGCCUAAGCAGCAUAUACUGGGCAAUGAUCGAAGUGGAAUACUAAGUUUACUCUACGAGAGGAAGGUGGACAUGGCGGUGGCUUUCUUGCCUGUUUUACCGGAAAUGCGGAGAUAUUGCACAUUCAGCAUAGUUUUAGACCAAAGCGAGCUAACGGUGUUGAUGAAGCGACCGCAAGAAUCGGCAACUGGUUCAGGAUUGCUCACACCAUUUAAUCAAACAGUUUGGUUAUUGGUACUCACUGCGGUGCUUGUCGUAGGACCAAUAAUUUACAUUUUUGCCACAUUCAGGGAAAAAUUAUGGAAAAAACCUGACUUUGAGAAUUAUAGCUUGUUCUCUUGCGUAUGGUUCGUGUAUAGUUCUUUGUUGAAACAAGGAACAAAUAUAAUCGCGACCACGGAUUCGACGCGAAUUCUUUUCGCCACAUGGUGGAUAUUCAUCUUAAUACUGACAUCUUUCUACACGGCAAAUCUUACUGCGUUUCUCACGAAACCACAGUUUACUUUGCCAAUCAACAACUUGCAGGAUAUAGUACGCAAAGGUUAUCAAUGGGUUACUUAUAAAGGACGCAUCAUCGAUUUUGUGCUUUCUCACCAUAUUACAGACGAAUUGAGUUUGUUAAAUACUGUAAAAUACCAGUAUAUCACAUCGUAUGAAUAUCCGGUUAAAUCCAUUUUCAACGCUGUAGAGAAGAACAAAUUGUUUCUCGGGGACACUCAUUAUCUCCAAAGCUUGAUAUUCGCAGAUUAUAUCAAUAAAACGCGCGAAGGUGUGUUACAUCAGAAAAGAUGUACAUACGUCAUUAUGCCCGGAACGAUUUUCGUUACUAGUAGAGCAUUCGCCUUUCCCGUAAAUUCUACCUUGGAAAAACCAUUCAAUAAAGAAUUGCGGGCUUUAGUAGAAUCCGGUAUAAUAAUUCGUGAAAAAUUGAAGAAUCUACCACUAGCGCAAACAUGCCCAUUGGAUCUUCGAUCCACUGAGAGACAACUGUCAUUUUCCGAUUUGUCCUUGACCUUCAAGGUAAUGGGCGCUGGUUAUUUAAUCGCGACGGUGAUUUUCAUUCUCGAAUGGAUGAUCAAGUGGACGAUGAACUCUUAUAAACGACGGAAAAAGACCGGUAGGUGCACGCUCUGCUGUAAGUGGAAGCGAAGGUCAAACGAAUCUGUGACCCCACAAUUAGUGUAUACCAAGAAGAAUCACUUGUUCAACAAACGGGUCAAUUUACAAAAUAUAAGUCCGUUAUAUCGGAAUACUCCACCCGAUUCUACUCCAGGAAAGAAACACAAUAUCAAUGGACGCGAUUAUUAUAUCGUGAUAGAUCGCUAUGGCGAUCAAAGAUUAAUACCCAUUCGCACGCCAUCCGCGUUCCUGUUUCAAUACACGGUAUAGCAGAAAGGAAUGACUUAUAUGUUAUAUAACCACUCUACU